AACCACAAGAAUUAAAAUAAAGAUCUGGUAUCUCUAUUUCAACAUCUGUUCGACUAGUCAACCACAGCCAACCUCGCCUUAAAACAACCGCCAUUGCAAUUUGAAUAAGAAAAAUUGCGCUAGAAAAAUCAAUUUGUAUCGUAUUCAAUAAAAUAAUUAAUUGUAUUCGCAGUAUAUUACAAAUAUUAUUUUCUUAUUAUAAUGGGUGCUAGGCAAACUAAAAUUGAGGGGACCUACUUGCCAGAAACGCCCACAGUUAUGGCUGGUAAAGUGUGUAUGCCUGUUGACAUGGAUGAGGCAAAUGACUGCGAGAAAAACGUAGAUGUGCAGGACCCGCGUUCGCCAAAUAUCUGCAGAACACCAAUCAGUAUUUUUUCAGCCACAUAUCAAUGCUCAGAAAGUGAACAGAUUGCCAAAGUGAACCAAACUGAAAGCGCAGUUGGACAGCUACGUAAACGUUUUUUCAAAGGAUUUUCUUAUAAUUUGAACGAUCCCCGUUCACCCGGCUAUCAAUUCAAUCGUACACCUAUUUCUUUUGAUGAUUCACAAGACAAAAUCCUAAACUUGGAUGAUACUUUUGCUGAUUUAUUUGCGGAAACACAAGUUCAUACGUUUGUACAUACUGAUACAAAAAUUGAUCAAGAUUCAAAACUUAGUGCGCCUGAGUCGGGGGAAAAUACUGAAUCUGAUGCGGCUUAUGAAGAACUGAAUGCCGUGAUUAAGGAUGUAAACGAAAGUCUAGAUUGCCUAAAAGAAAAUUCUAACUCCGAGGUAGUGGCUUCGUCCCUUCCAUCAGAAUUGACACUUUCGCCAAAGAUUUUACAAGACGAAAUUGAUCCACGCUCUCCUACAAUAGGAGUCGAUCGCACACCAAUAAUAUUUAACGAUGAUGAGGAUGAAACUCAUGAAAGCAUCUUGUUGGAAAGCAUUUUAGCCACUCUUUCGCUGGAUAUGAGUAAUAGCAGCUUUUGCUCACUAGGCACGCCUAAUCGGGAGGCAACUUCACCCCACCAAAAAAUCGAUUCAAGUAAAACUGAUCGCCAAGGUCAGCUUUUUAGGAAAAUUACACAUAAACGUAUGCGCCGAACACACGUCAAUGAGAAAAUCUCGCUAACACGUCGCACACCAAUAGAUGAAGAAAUGUCUCCGCAGCGUGUGUUUGAAGAUUGUGAAAAUGUUGUAGCGAACUCGAACGUAGAAAGAAAGUUGAAAAUGCAACAAAAAGAUUCGCACGGCAAUACGAAUAAAAGAACACCACUCAGUUGUAUUAAAAACAAAAGAAAUUUACACACAAAAUCAGAAGAGUAUUCAAUGAAAUCCCACAGAGCACGAUUGGAAAAUGCUAACGAUGACAAUUUUACCAUUGGAUAGAAAAAGCAAAGCGACAUGUAGAAAGGUAGCAGUUAAUUAUGUCUUGAAAUAUUUUAGCUAAUUACUUCUAUAAAGUAAGCUAUAGCUAUAAUUUUUUUACAUAUUUACGUAUAAAAAAUUUAUUUGUUUGUUCAUACCUGUUUCUCAGUACUGAAAAGUCUGAAUAUUUGCUUGAUAUUGCAUAUUUUUAAAUUUUUCUUCAUAUUUAAUAAACAAAAGCCAAUGGGUUGCCGUAAAUGCAGUAUUUUCGUGUUUUGAGCUGUAAUUGAUUAUAUAUGAUGAAUAUUUUCUAUUACGUUUAUGUACAAACAUGUGUACAUUACGCUGCCGACAAUAGUUCCAUGCUGUCAUUUUACUGUUAGAAUUCAACCACUUUCACCUACAUCAAUAUAAUGCACACCUUUGUAUACAUAAGUACCGCAAAAGAAGCACUUUGGUACUACGACACGUUAAUAUACGCUAGUAUGCUUAUUUAACAACUCAAAAACUGAACGGAAAUUGCAAAAGCAUGCCCCGCAGAGGAACUGUGACUGAUUGUUUUUGUAUCCUUAUAUUUCCUGGAAUCAUAAAAUAUAAAAUUGCCACUUGAAAACUAAUUAGCUUCAUAU